AUGGCUACUCCUGCUGAAGAUACUCUUGCGAGAGAGAUCGAAGCUGACAUGGACAGGCACGUGGAGGAGGCCAAAGCAGCAUCCGCUCUGGAACCUCCAGCGGACGCGGCGGCGGCAACGCCAGCUGACGCCGCUGUGGAUACUCCUGCGCAUGACACUGCCACAUGUGCAAAGUGCAAGACAGAAGGCAAGGUCGAUGAGAUGAUUUCGCGACCGAGUUUUCGCGUCGAGCUGAGGCACAUUUGCCGUCCUUGCAAUGCUGUCGCGACGCAAUUCCAGCGAAAAGGCGUGCAGCUGACGGAGCUUCUGAGCGAAGAGUCAAUGGUUGCAUUCUUCUCAGAAUGUGCGUUGGAGAAGAAGAACGCGGAGGAUGGCAGGCUGUUGUUCUCGCGCGAGGUGCGCCGCGAGAAGCGUGACGGAUAUGCAGGUGAAUGGCAACCUUUGACGUACUGGGAAUUGAAAGGCUAUGAUACUGAGCGCAUCAAGGCAACCUGUCCCAUGGAAGAACACAGUGCUUUGGGAGAGACUUACAAGGUGUCCAUCCACACUGAGUCAGAUGAGACGCUGCACGCGCAGGCUGAGCAGCGCAUCACGCAGAUGGAGUCUGAUGCCCAGCAACGCCGGCUGGCGGCAGCAUCUGCGCCGGGCGUGCCUGCCUUGGAGCUCGAGGAGGCUAUGGAGGCGCCUGCUGCAGCUUCGAAGGGCAAGCGCAAGGGACCGCUCACGGAAGAAGAGAAGCAAGAGAGGAAGCGUCUUAAGACGCUGGCAAAACAGCGCGAAACAGAACGCAAGGUUGCCACAGCAGCAGCUGCCAAGCUGCUGCCCUCUCUGAAGACGUGCCUGGAGAAAUUGGAGACGAAGCUGGGCGGCCUCGAUCAUGACACAUUACCACCAGCUACACUGGAGCAAGCAGUGAAUGCGGUGGAAGUGCUGACGGAAACCAUUGCCGGAGCUACCAAGCUGCUCAACGCCGCUGCCACCGGCAAGGCUGGCGACGCAGUCGAUGUGGACUGGAAGAAAGAAAAAGAUCUGCAGAGUCGCAUGAAGGACGGCCACGCAGCGCACAAAGCUCUGGUGGACUUCGCGCGGAUCGAUCUCAUGGCAUUGGGCUGCUGCAGCAAAGACUACAACAGCGUGGCGCAUCGCUGCUGGAACUAUGUGCGCUGUCGUCAAAUUGUGCGCUUGAAUAUGGAACGGCUGGAAAAAGAAAAGAUGUCAAAGGCAAAGUGCGACGCGGUGGCGGAUGCAGCCUGCUAUCCACCGGCCAAACGGCAAAAGAUUCUAUCGGCCUUAGCCCGAUGGAGUGGCCGAAGCAUCCAUGGCAUGCAAAGCGUGCUGAAGGGAACAAAAGCAGACAGAAGACCAAGUGGCGCGGCGGUCCGCGCUAUGGCGCGGACACUGGCGCCAGCCAGGGCUUGCUUCAAACUGCUCGUGGCGCCGGCAAAGACUGCUGACCACCCGCCGCAGCAGUUCUGCGUGGCGGAUGUGAAGCGACUGCUACAGUAUGUCGCGCAUGAAUGCCCUUGCUUCCAAACCUUUCUAUCGAGUUCCCAGGGCCAUCUGCCGCUGCGGGUUGUGCUCUCGCACGAUGAGACCACGGGCGGAAACGUCUUGGCAACAGACCCGAGGCAGAAAGCAACAAUUUUCUACCUCACAUUUGUAGGACUGCAAUCGAUCCAUGAGUCGCCAAGGGCGUGGAUUCCACUGGGGGUCUGCUCGCAUGAGCAAGUGUCUCGAAUACAAGGUGGAUUGUCGAAAGUACACAGCCUAUUUUUCGAAGAUUGGCAUCAGCAAAACUUAGGCCAAAGAUUCGAAGUUGCUCCCGGCGUCCAGGUCAUGUUGGAAAUAGCCGCAUUUUGCGCUGACAUGGACGCACAGCGCGCCGCGCUGGAAGCGAAGGGGUCCGCAGGACUGCGACCUUGUGCCUUCUGCAUGAAUUGCGUCAGCGCGUACAGUGAUGCGGCUAGCCAGACCGACGCUUUGCACUCCAUUGCAGAGAAAGACAUCAGAAAAUUCAAGCAGCACACACAAAGGGGCCUACAGGCUUGGAUGCGGUCAGCUUGGCAGAAAUGGCCAACUAUGACCGCGAAAGAACAAGACACCGUUUCGAAAUGCUUGGGCUACAGAGUGACAGGAGAUGGCAUGUGGCAAUCUGAAGCGUGCUGCGCUAUGGUGCCACUGCAUAAAUGCAUCAAUGACUCCAUGCAUGUGUACUUCAGCAACGGAGUAGCAUCUUUAGAACUUUGCUUGCUUGUUGCUGCUGUGAAGAAGGAAACGAAUAAAGAUGUAUCGGACAUGCUUGCAGCCGUUCAAGAGAGUGGCUGGCAGCGGUCCGGGAUGGCAAAGCGGGGUGCCCAAAAUAAAUGGUGGACGAAAAGACUGUUCACUCCAAGCUUUUUUGGCGCCUCUAUGUACAAGGGAUCUGCUAAGCAAACGCAGGCACUUAUCAGCUUGCUGCGCUGGCUUGCAGAAGGAGUUUGGGUUCACCAGCCCCAACUGCGCGUGGCCGCAGAGUCCUUCUUGAAGCUCUGCGUGUGUCUCGAUGUGCUGAAAAGCAUCUCUCAGACCCGUGCGUUUGAUGAGCUUGCUGCCGCUCAAAGAGAUCACAUGGAAGCAUUUCAACGUGCUUGGCCGGAUUUUUUCCGCCCGAAGCAUCACCACGCGCUGCACCUUGGAAUGCAGUACGCGGAGACGGACUGCUUCCCCAACUGUUGGGGAACUGAAAGCAAGCACAGAGAAUAUAAGGACACGUUUGCUCGCAUCCUGCAGCACCGGCUCACGCAAACAAGAGGAGGAGCUGCAUUUGGCGAAAGCCUGAUGCCAAGACUGCUCAACCGCCAUGUGGAAAUGCUGAAUCAAAACCCGAUUGCACCACAUGGGUUUUUGCUUCUGAAGCAAUUUACUUCGGAAGAAGUAUUGCGCGUGGUUGGAAUGGCACACUGCGAGAUGUCUUCGCAGUGCCGCGUUGCCAUGCUGGAGCUCAAAGAUGGAGAUCUCCUUCUGCGGAACCACGCAUACAAUGCUGGUCGUUGCCAUUUCUUCCUGUCCAAAAACAAUGAGCUGUACAUAUACGUCACGAUGUUUGAGCUGAAAAAUCGAAGCGCAGCCUUGCGAAGCUUUCAGGUGAAAUUUGGACAUGCCUCGAUCCUGAGCAAGGCGGCCCGUGCGGCGAGUGGUCCAGCGUUCACCCCUGAGAUGUUGGAGUCUGAAGAAACCUUCGAAAGGUACAAAGUGUUGAAUUCCAAGGACUGGGACGACUGGAACUGUCUGAUGCUUCGCAACCGAGCAGAUGCGGAGUGGACCACUGGAUCAACUGGAUCAACCGAGCAGUUAACCGAGCAAAAUGGGAGAAAAAAAGGUCUUAUCAUGAAUCAUCUUAUGCUGGUUAUGUUGGUUAUGUUAUGUGGGUGCUUUUAG